AUGCCGCCAGAUGCCUCAGCCUACGUGAGCAUGUCCUUCCUCGUGAGGGCUGAGUACAAUGCGGGGCCCGCCCAGCUGGCCCUGGUGCUGGCCGGGGCGCUCAUCUUCGCGCUGGCGCUCUUCGGCAACACGCUGGUGGUGUACGUGGUGGCCCGCAGCAAGGCCAUGCGCACCGUCACCAACAUCUUCAUCUGCUCGCUGGCGCUCAGCGACCUGCUCAUCGCCUUCUUCUGCAUCCCGGUCACGACGCUGCAGAACGUCUCGGACACCUGGCUGGGGGGUGCCUUCGUCUGCAAGAUGGUGCCCUUCGCCCAGUGCACGGCCGUGGUGACGGAGAUCCUCACCCUGACCUGCAUCGCCGUGGAGCGGCACCAAGGCCUGGUGCACCCGCUCCGAGCCAAGUGCCGCUACACCAACCGCAGGGCCUUCACCACGCUGGGUGUGGUCUGGCUGGUGGCGGCCAUCGUGGGAGCCCCCAUGUGGCACGUGCAGCGGCUCGAGGGAGAGGUUAACCGACACUGUGUCCCGUGGCCCAGGAAGAAGAAGCGGGCCGUGGCCAUGAUGGUGACCGUGGUAGCCCUCUUUGCCGUGUGCUGGGCUCCUUUCCACGUCGUGCACAUGCUGGUGGAAUACAGCAGCUUCGAGGAGGAGCACGACGAGGUCACCAUCAAGAUGACUUUUGCCGUUGUGCAGUUCCUGGGGUUCGCCAACACCAUCUGCAACCCCAUCGUGUACGCCUUUAUGAACGAGAACUUCAAGAAGAACUUCCUGGCCGCCGUGUGCUGCUGCGUGGUGACGGAAACCCGGUCCCCCGCAUGGCGGCGGCGUGGGCCCUCGGGGACGGCCAUGACGCAGAAGCGAGCUGUGCUGGGCCGGAGGGAGGACGCCGUGGGGGAGACCAAGGGCGAGGCGUUCAGCCACGGCCACAUCGAGGUCAAGCUGUGCGACCUGCCCGAGGAGACACGGCGGCCCCGGUGACUGCCCCCCUCGCGUCCUGGGCCGGAGCAGCUGCGUCAGGCCGUGGUGCCCGUGGCAUCAGCACCCUCACCGUGAAUGUCACAUCUCCAUCGGACGGGAAGUGACUGUGAGCACAGGCCAGAGACGUCUCUCACUGGCCGAGUGAUGAGACGGAGUCACCUGGAGUCAUUUCCCCAUAAAAAUCUGACCUUAAACAUGAACGCACAGUUUUGAGAAAUGAGUGACCCGUCCUGUGGAUCAUUCGUGUGGAUUUAAAGUCUCGUGGAUUUAAAGUUUCCCCUCCAGUCAAUGUGACGUGGCUUUUCUGUGUUGUUGAAACUGGAUGAGAAAAUAAAAAUGGCAUCUUCCUUCUUGA